GCCACCAAGCUACUUGCUCAUCCGACCCCCAGAUCUCACUAUUUUUCUCAUGGAUCCCAGCGGCCGUGCAGCCCUGCUACAGGGGGCUGCUGCCUUGGCCGACCUCUCUCGUAUGCGGUCAGGAUGGGCACCUUCCGUUGAAGAGGCUCAGGAGAUGCGACGGCAUGCAGAAGACCUCGUGCCACAUCUGACCGAGAUUGAGCAAGAAAUGGGCCAGGCAGAUGCGGAGAUGAGGGAGCUAAAGCACGCCUUGCGGCUGGUCGGGACCCGAUUAAAAGCUCUCAAAAAAGCGCAUGCAGCUAUAGGUGCCCAGUCCAGGAUCUCCGAGUCUAUGGCGGCGCCUAUCAGACGACUUCCUGUUGAGAUCAUGACCGAGGUCUUCGCGCACGUCUUGGAUAACGUGGGCUUCUACCCAACCGAUAUUCACCGUCUAUCCACCAUCUGCUACGCAUGGCGAGAUAUCCUACUGUCGACGCCGACGCUCUGGGCGAGGAUCAAAGUGGGCGACCGCAACAGUGACGUCUGGUAUAGCCCUGCCAAUGCAGCGCGAAACCUUCGUGAUCACCACGCCUUCGUUCGUGCGCAACUGCGGUGGUCGGCUGCAGCGCCGCUGCACAUCGACGUAUUCGUUCCUGCGGUGAUUAAGAAGGGGUCGUUCACCCCCGUAUGGAAGGACAUUUGCCGGGAGUCGCAUCGUUGGAAAUCCGCCACCUUCUGGAGAUAUGAUCUCACAUACCAUGAGCAAUUCCAACUCGACCAUCCUCACAUCCACCUACCCUCCCUUGCGGCCCUACAGCCCACUUGUGGUUUGCUGAUGCCGAAUCUUCGACAUCUUUAUAUUGGAAACAGCUCUGCUCUGGCCUGGGCCAAACCAUUCCCCGACUGGAAGCUGACCACGCUGGAGCUGCUGUGCUCUAGUCUUACGACGCUGCAUGUCAGCGGCGUCACCGUCAGUGACCAGAUGCAGCCCCCCAUAGCGACAGUCACACUUCCUUCACUGGAGAGUUUGCAUCUGGGUGGGAAUGCCGCGCAGCUUGUAGGCUCCAUGCUCACUGUACCGUGCGUUCGAAAUCUUACACUCGAUGCAUUGGACUCAGAGUUCGACGGCCACGUCAUAUGCCAAUUGGUCCGGCGUUCAUCUGCAACGAUCAGCUACCUUUCCCUCCAGCCGCACAACGCCUCCGACGAAUCAAUCAAACAUAUUCUUUGGGGCUUGCUCACUGUGACGCAGCUGCACCUGAACGUCGAGUUUGGCUGGCGCGCUCUACUUCAAAAAGAGUUCUUCGCCUAUUUGACCCCGUCCGAGGAGAAUCACGACUGCCUCCUUCCCAACCUACAGCAGUUCUCUAUCCUUGCUUCCAGUACAAAAGAUCCUGGAGAGCUUCCCCUCAAUGCUGUCAUUGAGAUGCUGCGCGAUCUUCGCGCCAAAAACAUCGCUGUUGACGGCCAAUUAUACCCAGCUCUUGUCGAACGCUCACUAACUCGCAACCCUGGAGAUGACCUCUUCGACGACUCCGACAGCGACGUCGAUGACGAUGAAUAUGAGUUCGUUGAACUGGACACCAGUGAGGACGAUUCUGAUUGCGAUUCAUGUUACUCUCUCGACGACGAGGAGCGCGAAUGGCUGCGCGAGCCAGAAAACGUCUACAAACCCCCAGUGAAGUAAACUGGCGCCGAGGGUACAAUAUGUAAUUCCUAGCUCAAUGUGCACGUACAAUUACAUUCCAUGUGAUUGUAUGGCCUUUUGUG